AUGUCGCGAAGAGCCCGAAGUACCCAGGAGUGGGAGGUGCGCGCUUCUACUUUGGCAAAGAAUACUAAAAAUCUUAUUCGUUGUAUUAUCGAGAAUCUUGAAGUGGAACCGAACCCUAACAAGGAACUCAUAGCUCUUUCUAUUGGUGAUCCAACAAUAUUUGGAAAUCUGAAUCCUCCAGAAAAAGUAAUUCAAGCAGUCCAGGAUAGCGUUCAGUUACAUACUAGCCGAGGGUAUGCACCGUCCAAGGGGCACUUUGAGGCCCGAGCUGCCGUGGCAAAAUACAGUGCUCACCAGGGCAAUGUCACACCAGACGAUGUUAUUUUAUCAAGUGGCUGUUCUCAUGCCAUUGAAUUGGUUAUAACAGCAAUUGCAGAGUCUGGGCAAAAUGUUUUAGUACCCCGUCCUGGAUUUUCUAUAUAUCAAACCUUAGCAGAAGGUCUGGGAAUAGUUAUAAAGUAUUACAAUUUACUGCCAAAUGAACAGUGGAAAGUAGAUUUAGACGACUUAGAAAGCCAAAUUGAUGAUGAUACUGCAGCUAUAGUAGUUAUUAACCCAUCCAAUCCUUGUGGAUCAGUUUAUGACAAAGACCACUUAUGUGACAUUUUAGAUAUUGCUUCCAGAAAUAAAGUGCCAGUAAUAGCGGAUGAGAUAUAUGAACAUUUCGUGUUUUCUGGAAAUAAAUUCACAUCUAUAUCAUCACUAUCUAAAGAUGUUCCUAUUCUUACUUGUGGUGGACUUACAAAGCGGUUUUUAGUUCCUGGUUGGAGAAUGGGCUGGGUAAUAAUACACGAUCGUAAUAAUAUUUUAGGAAAUGAGAUACGCCAAGGCUUGUCUAAUUUGUCAAUGAGAAUUCUCGGACCCAGUACAAUAAUACAAAAGGCGCUACCUGCUAUACUAGAAUAUACGCCGCAAAGUUUCUUCGACAAUGUGUUGUUGUUUAUAGAGAAUCAAGCAAAAGUGGCGUACGAAGAGUUACGACAUGCGCCGGGCCUACGUCCAAUUAUGCCUCAAGGAGCGAUGUAUAUGAUGAUUGAAAUAAAAAUUUCACAAUUUCCAAAUAUUAAAAAUGAGUGUCAAUUUAUAGAGCGCAUGGUGUCAGAACAGUCCGUCUUCUGUUUACCUGGACAGUGCUUCAAUUAUCCCAACUACAUGCGAAUUGUAUUGACUGUACCUGAAGAUAAAAUGCGCGUAGCGUGUCAAAGGAUUGUGGUGUUUUGCAAAGAGCAUGCCGACUACGGUGAAAACAGAAAAGGAAUACAAAAUGAUAUCUCCAUCGCUAAUGAAUUAAAAGCUAUUUGUGGAAACGACUUAGCUCGUGUUGCC